AUAAUGUCUCGAACGUUUCAGAAUUUCAAAGAUCGUUUAUCAACCAUAGUACCUAUACACACAUCUAAACCAUUAAAAAGGUAGUAUGUGUUAAGAAGAUCCAACGGUGGAAAACAAGGCACGGAUCUUCAGCCCCAAUUUUUUACUUUCCCUUUGUUCUUACCCCGCAAGAGAAAAAAAAGUCGCGCCUCGAAACCAUGGAUUCGGAGACCUGAGCUUCGAAGAGAUGACCUUCGGAGACCUGAUCAGGUUACGAAGCAGGAACCAGCAUUUCGUCAUGCCAAAAGCAAAAAGAGAAGAACUCGCCGGUGCUUACACAUGCGUCUACUGGAACAUCGACGAUUACCCAAUCCCUGACGAUAUCAAGCAUGAUUUGAUUUAUUCGAAUAUCAAAUCAGCUCUUGAGAAAAUGGGUUAUCGUUGUUCGGAUUUGGAAAUCUUUGCUUAUGGUGAGAAGAUAAAGGAAGCCACCGAGCUAAACGAAUUGUUCGAUGCCGGAAUCAAGUACUCCAAUCACAAGGUUCCAUAUAUUGAAAUGUUACGGGACAUUGUUGGAUCCAACCAUAAAUCAUCAUCAAAUUUGAUGGUAAUCUCGAAAAGUCACCCUCAAGACACGGAAUCCCGAAGGGUUCUUCGGGCUUUGAAUUCAAGAGGUUCCCAUGUUCUCUUAGUACAGCCUCAGCCUGAAAGCCAAGCGUCAGAACAGCUGUUUCAUCGUCCAGACCUACUAUGUUGCUCUACAUAUCUAUUAGAUGGACGAAAGGCUAUGGACCAUAAAAGAGGAACCCCAUCACCACAGGUCUUUACUUCUCCCCUUUGUCGCUCGAACAAGCAAGAUUUCUCUGAGCCUACCACACCUGUCAUAGGCGGAGCUAAGACAGGCGUCUUCUGGGACGUCCCCUAGCUCUGGAUACACAAUCUUCGAUCCAUCUUUGGUGCUUUAACUUUUGGCGGUGCUCGAUUUGCAAACCCAAAAAAAAAGGGUGAAAUUUUUUGUCCUCUCUGACUUCUGUAGGCUUUAAUUUUUUGUUCAAUUUGGGUUUUUUUUUUCUUCCUUUUCAUGAUUCUAAUCACAUAGAUUAGGUUCAAAUUCAUAGGCUUCUAUAUCAUGCAAGUAGAGUGAAGAAAUUAAAAGAAUUACUCUUUGUUUCCUAUGUGUGCUCUAAAGAUCAUUCACAUAUAAUAACUUUGAAUUUACUUAUAAUAACUUUGAUCUUCUGUUUUUG